CCACUCAUCAAAUAUAUGAAAAAAGUCCAUUUGGGUGGUUCUCCUCGCCACAAUCAUUCACCUCUCUUCCCUCCAUUUCUCUCUGUCACACCCAUCUUUUCCAAACCCAUGGCGGUUCUCGAAGGGGAUAAGCACCAAGAGCAGCUUAUUCCGGGCUUACCCAACGAAAUUGCAGAGCUUUGUCUUCUUCACCUUCCCUACCCAUACCAAGCACUCUCGCGCUCUGUUUCCUCCACCUGGAACAGAGCCAUCACGCACCCUUCCUUCAAGAAAACCCUCUCCCACCCUCACCUCUUCGUUCUCGCCUUCCAUUCGCAGACAGGACACUUCCAAUGGCAAGCCCUCGACCCCUCCUCCGGCCGCUGGUUCCUUCUCCCGCAAAUGCCCUUGCCGGACAAAAUUCUCCCCACGGCGGUGGCCUGCGCGGCGCUGCCGCGCCAGGGGAAGCUCUUCGUGAUGGUGGGCGGCGAGGAGGAGGGGGCUGCGACGACGAUCGUGUACCGGGCAGGCACGAACCAGUGGUCGGCGGCGGCGGGCAUGCCGGGGUCGGUUUAUAAAGACUAA